AUGCGCUACGCCCUCCUCGCCGGCUCGCUGCUUGGCCUCGCCGCCGCCCAGACCGGCAAGCUCGGCGACGCCUAUGUCACGACCAACAACCCACCCAACACCCUCUACCAGGCCACCCUCCUCGACAAGCCCAACACCGACAUCCGCGGCACCGUCACCGUUCGUGGCGCGCCCGAUGGACGCGGUAUCUACUAUGACGUUGACAUGUCCGGCUUCCCCUCCAUUGGCGGGCCCUUCUUAUACCACGUCCACGCCUUGCCCGUCCCUGCUGAUGGCAACUGCACCGGCACGCUCGCCCAUCUCGACCCCUUCCAGCGCGGCGAAGUGCCCGGCUGCAACUCGUCUGCGCCCCAGACCUGCGAGGUCGGUGAUCUCAGCGGCAAGUACGGCCGCAUCCCCGGGCCCGGCAACUUCAAGGCCAACUACCUCGACCUGUACACCACCAACGUCCCCGGCCUGGGCUCCUUCGUCGGCAACCUCUCCAUCGUCGUGCACUGGGCUAACCGCACGCGUGUGAACUGCGGCAAUUUUACGCUCCUGGGAGGCGGUAGGCCCAUGCCCACCGGUGUCAUGCCGACUGGAGUCAUGCCCACGGGCGGCAUGCGGCCCUCGCAAACGCCCUACCCGCCUAUGUUCCCCGGCGCCGGUUCCAGACUGAGCAGCGCGUUCUCGACCGUGGGUGUCGUGGCUGUGGUCGCCGGCCUGCUGUUGUAA